UGGUGCUCCCCCGAUGAACGAUGGUGGAGAUGCAGUUGGAGAUGGUGCUCCCCCGACGGAUGAUGCUAUAGAAGCUGCUGGAGAUGGUGCUCCCCCGAUGUACGAUGUUGGAGAUGCAGUUGGAGACGGUGCUCCCCCGACGGAUGAUGCUGGAGAAGCUGUUGGAGAUGGUGCUCCCCCGAUGAAUGAUGCUGGAGAAGCUGCUGGAGAUGGUGCUCCCCCGAUGAACGAUGCUGGAGAAGCUGCUGGAGAUGGUGCUCCUCCGAUGAAAGAUGCUGGAGAAGCUGUUGGAGAUGGUGCUCCCCUGAUGAACGAUGCUGGAGAAGCUGCUGGAGAUGGUGCUCCCCCGAUGAACGAUGCUGGAGAAGCUGUUGGAGAUGGUGCUCCCCCGAUGAACGAUGCUGGAGAAGCUGCUGGAGAUGCUGCUCCCCCGAUGUACGAUGUUGGAGAUGCAGUUGGAGACGGUGCUCCCCCGACGGAUGAUGCUGGAGAAGCUGCUGGAGAUGGUGCUCCCCCGAUGUACGAUGUUGGAGAUGCAGUUGGAGACGAUGCUCCCCCGACGGAUGAUGCUGGAGAAGCUGCUGGAGAUGGUGCUCCCCCGAUGAACGAUGCUGGAGAAGCUGCUGGAGAUGCUGCUCCCUCGAUGGAUGAUGGUGGAGAAGAUUUUGGAGAUGUCGCUGUCCUGAUGGAUGAUGCUGGAGAAGCUGCUGGAGACAUCAAUCCCCCAAUGUACAAUGCUGUAGAAGGCACACCCCAGACGGAUUAUGCUGGAGAAGCUGCUCGAUAUGUCGCUGCCCCGAGGUUUGAUGCUGUAGACAUUGCUGGAGAUGGUGCUCUCCCAAUGAAAGUUGCUGGAGAAGCUGCUUUAGAUGCUGCUCCCUUAAUGAACGAUGCUGGAUAA